AUGGCUGAACCGUCAAAUCCACACAAUGUGGAGGGUGAAAACCUGGAGCCUUCAUCGCCGGUGGUGGCGGAGGAAGAAGAGGGGGGAGCCGCCGGUGGUGGUUUACCGGUGUUAAAGUGGACCAAGAAGACCUUUGAUCGUCUGAUUCUUGAUGUCCAAAUGCCCCCUGAAUAUGGGGCCUGUUACCCAUCGGAGGCUGCGGGCUCGCAGUCUGGUGCUGGGAAGAGGCAAGUAGAAGAGACGGCCGCUGGUGCCGGUGGACCGAAACGUCAGAGGUUGCAGUCUAAGAGGACUGGUCCGACAUCAAAGAAACCUGCGGUUAUUGUUGAGCUUCAAGAUAAAGAUUUUUCUAUCUUUGAUGCUCCGGAGUCACCCCCGCAUGAUACGGGCGCGGGUGUGACUGAGGAACCUUCGACAACUCCUAUCAAGGUGGUGCCUGAGUCAACCGUGCGGAUGGAGGGUACCGCAGAGAAGGUCGCGACCCAGAUAUUCGAUACCGUUGAUUCGUCCAACAAUCUGAUCUCUCCCAAUGAGGGAGACAAUUUGGGUCUGCGGUUUUCUGAUUCUGGGAAGCAAAAGUCUGAUGCAGAACCGCAAAAAACUGAUGCUGAAGCAGCGAACGUUACCUUGGGCAAAGAGAAAGCUGCAGCUGAGGCAAUUGCGGUUAAAGCGCAACAAGCAGAGGCCCUGGCUGUUAAGGCGCUGGAAGAGGCCAAGGAAACGGGGGCCCGUACUGCGAAGGCCCUUGAUGAGGCCAAAGAGAGGGAAAACCGCACUUCGAAGGCUCUGGAAGAGGCGAACGCGGAGCGUACCCGCUUGGGUAAGGUUGUUGCCAGCCUUCAGGCUGAGGUUCAGACCCGGGAGGUCGCGGUCACUGACCUCACAGCCCGCAUGACUGCAGCAGAAGAGCGAGCUAACACUGCUGUUGAGGCCAAGGAUGCCUUGGCAUCUUCUUUUAACCAGCUGGAGGCUGAUCGCGAGUGGAUGCGGAGUCAUGGCAUCGCGCGUGUAAGUAUGUUGUGAUGUUUGAGCCAAAGGUUGACCAUAU